CUCCGAAGUAACUCCCUGUAAACUAAAAUCACAACAUGUCAAAAUUCUAUCAAAAUUUUAGUUGAAUAUGGCAAAAUCAAGAUGUCACAAGUGCGAGGAGAAAUGUGGAAAAGGAAAAGCACAUCCGGACGUAAUUCGGACGCUGGAAGCCGGCUACAGGGACCUUGUGUUAUCCGACUCCAAAUCCCUGCUGAAAAAGUACCUAACCAAAGAAGUGUUCGAUAAAUUGAAAAUAAAAAAGACCUCUUUUGGAUCGACAUUGAUGGACUGCGUUCAAUCCGGUUUUGCUAACCACGAUUCAGGCAUCGGAGUGUAUGCCGCAGAUCCUGAAUGCUACCAUUUAUUCGCUGAUCUGUUUGACCCACUCAUUAACGAGUACCAUGGCGGAUUCAAAAAGUCUGAUCAACAUCCACCGAUGGAUUUCGGUGAUCUGAACGCUUUCGGAAACCUAGACCCCAAAGGAGAAUACGUGGUUUCAACUAGAAUCAGAUGUUGCAGGUCUAUAGAAGGAUAUCCUUUCAAUCCAAACCUUACAGAGGCACAGUACUGCGAGAUAGAAAAUAAAAUGAUGGAUAUUUUUUCCACCUUUCCUUGUGAGCUUAGUGGAUCUUACUUCCCGUUGAAAGGUAUGACCAAAGAGGUUCAAAAUCAACUUAUAGACGAUCACUUUCUGUUCAAAGAAGGCGAUAGAUUUUUGCAAACAGCGAACGCCUGUAGAUACUGGCCUGCGGGCAGAGGAAUCUUCCACAAUGCAGACAAAACAUUCUUGGUUUGGGUGAACGAAGAGGAUCAUCUAAGGAUCAUAUCACUCCAACAAGGAGGAGACCUAGGUCAGGUGUACAACAGAUUCGUCAGCGCAGUAGAGGAAAUGCAGAAAAAACUCACUUUUAUGCGCGAUAAACGAUUCGGUUAUUUGACUUUCUGCCCUACGAAUUUGGGCACUACCAUCAGAGCUUCCGUACAUAUUAAAGUACCGAAAUUAUCGGCAAAUAUGAAGCGGUUCGAGGAGUUGGCAGGACAGUAUAACUUGCAAGUAAGAGGCACUCGAGGUGAACACAGCCAAGCUGAAGGAGGGAUUUAUGAUGUCUCCAAUAAGAGAAGGCUCGGUCUGACCGAAUUUCAGAGUAUCAAGGAAAUGUACGAAGGAAUCCAAGAAAUUAUUAAGCUGGAAAAAAUGGCCAAGUAUACAUUCAUGAUUCUUGUCGGAAAUUGGGCAUGGUUUCUGAAGAAAUUUGCUGCAUGAAAUCCGAACCUCAAGCCAAAAUAACUGGUUCAUCGUGUCGUUUUGAGGUAUUUGAGAUAAUGUACAUGGAAGCUAGUUUUGCUACUUUUGAGAAUGUGAAUAGAAU